AUGUGUAAGGAUGAGAACUGUGGUUGGCUAGUGUAUGGUGCUUACAACACUGAGCAGAAUUUUUGGCAGAUCAAGACGUUCAUGGAUGAUCACAAUUGUGCAAGAAAAACCAAAAAUAGAUUGGCUAAUAGGAAGUGGCUGGCCAGGAAAUUAGUGAAGAAGCUACGAAAAUAUCCCAACUUAAGACACUGUGAGGCUGCUCAGGCCUUAGGAGAUGCUAGGGCAGUUGUGUAUGGUGAUGCUGCUGCCCAGUAUGGGAUGGUAAGGGAUUAUGGGCUCAAACUGCUAAAGAGUAACCCAGGCUCCACUGUCACAGUUGGAGUUAUCCCUCAGCCCAACCCUGAUGAUGAACCAAUAUUUAAGAAAAUGUACAUCUGUUUGGAUGCCUGUAAGAAGGAAUUUCUGGCUGGCUACAGACCCCUCAUAGACUUGGAUGGAGCUUUUUUGAAGACCCAACAUGGUGGUCAGAUCUUGUCUGCAAUUGAACAAGAUGCAAACAAUCACAUAUAUGUGAUUGCGUAUGCCAUUGUCCCUGUUGAAAAUACUGAAAAGUGGAGGUGGUUCUUGGAAUUACUUCAUCAAGACUUAGGAGACUAUAAGCAAAACAAGCUCUGUUUCAUAUCAGAUAUGCAGAAGGGCCUAAUCCAUGCUGUUAAGGAGGUUUUUCCAGGUGUCCAUCACAGAUUCUGUGUGUGGCAUUUAUGGAAGAACUUCAAUAAGCAGUGGAAAGAUCUCCAGCUGAAAGGGUUGCUAUGGGAGUAUGCAAGGUGCACCAGCCAAGAUGGGUUCUUAGAGAGUAUCAAAAAGAUUGAGAGGGUUAACAAAGAAGCUUGGGAGUAUUUGAACAAGUGGCCUAUAGACUUUUGGAGCCAGGCUUUCUUCAGCAAUGCACCUAAAAUAGACAAUAUCUGUAACAAUACUUGUGAAAUCUUCAACUCAAGGAUCAAAGAAGCUAGAGCCAAACCUAUCAUUACACUCUUAGAGGAAGUCAGAAUGUAUGCAAUGAGGUCCAUCGCUAGGAACAAAGUGAAGCUUAGUUCGAACACUGGGAUGCCGUGUGUGCAUGUUUGUGUUGCAUUGGCAAGGGUUGGUAGAAGACCAGAUGAGUUUUGUCAUAAGUGGUUGACAAUGGAAGCAUAUAAUAGCACAUAUGCCUUCCAUAUCAAUCCAAUUCCAGGUCAAGCCCUAUGA